AGCUGCAACCACAAUCCACAUCGGAAAUAACCAGAAGCGUGAGGCAUUAUCGCAGCAGAGCACAACCAGGGACGAAGGCGUAGCAGACGCAUCCCGGCGAGAACGCUGACGCGCCGGAGCACCAUCGCCGUUUUUAUCACCGUGAAGCAUCGUAGCAGGGACGAGCCAGAGCAGCGACGCAGCAAUCCCCGAGGAGAUACCAGAGACGAAGCACCAAGGCUGGAGCAUAGAGCAGUUUCAGCGAAUCGCAGCAGCAAUCAGCAACGAGAUUGGGUCUAGAAAAGAAGCUUUAGACAUGGAGGAACAAUUCAUACUCAGGGUUCCACCUUCCGUGGCUGAGCAAAUUGACCGCCUUCUAAGUGAGAAUGCUUCUUCAGAAGACACAGGACUGGAUUUGACAUUUUCUGAGGAUGGUAGGAGUGGCACAUUUGUCAUUGGAAAUGAACGCUUCCCUGCAUCCCUCUUGGAUCUUCCUUGCAUAGUGGAAUCUUACAAAACCUAUGAUGACAACGUGCUGAUAAAAACUGCAGAUAUUGGUCAGAUGAUUAUGGUUAGGGAAGAAGGAGAUCCUGCUCCAGAUGAAGCGGAGUACAGACAUGGCCUCACCCCUCCAAUGAGAGAUGCUCGGAGGCGAAGGUUUCGCAGGGAACCAGAUCUAAAUGUGAGUUAUGUUAUUUUUGUAAGCGUUCUCAUCAUUUAUACAUUUAACGAAAAGAGAAGUAGAAGAAGAGCAUAUGCACAUCCCAUUGGGUCCUAGUAGAUUGAAGAGUUGGGCAUUAUUGAAUUGGAUGAAUGUCAUUCUCAUUAUUGACAUGUGAAUGGCUUUUGAAGCCGGAGCUUGUGAGGCGUGUUGAGAAAGAUUUGCAGAAUAUCAUGGCUGGUGGAACAGCAGAGAAUAUCGAUAUCCUUCAAGUGUUUUGUUUAUUUUAUCUGCAUAUCAUCUGCUCAAAAAGCUUUAUAUUGAGUAAUACUCCGUACUACGGAGUAUUUUAAAACAGAGGAAAAAUCAUGUACCUUUUCUAACCAAAUACUAGAAUGAACCCUUCAUAUACUGUUACUUGUUUUGUCCUUGAUUAUGUGUGUGUGUGUGAUCACAUGUGGGAGUGGCUGAACAAGAGGAAGAUGCCGCACGCACUUCUAAUAAGAAAGCGGCAGCACCCAAACCUGCAACAAAGCCUCACGUUCCGCCCGAGCCUGAGAGAAGUGAUUCUG